CACCCCCCGCACCCCCGGCCCAUCCCGAGCGGCCCGCGGGGCUCCGCCGCCCUCCCGCCCGCCCGGCGGAGCCUUCCCGGAGCCCUCUCCGAGCCCGCCCGGAGCCCGCCCGCUGCCCGCCAUGCUCUCCGGGGCGCCGCCGCCGCCCGCCGGCUUCCCCAGCCCGCCGCCGCCGCAGCCGCCGCCGCCGCCGCCGCCCGCCGCUCCGCCGCACGGGCCGCCGCCGUUCCGGAAGGGCGGCCUGCAGAUCCGGAAGAAUGCCAUCACGGACGACUACAAGGUCACCACGCAAGUGCUGGGGCUCGGCAUCAACGGGAAAGUUUUGGAGAUCUUCAGCAAGAAGAGCGGCGAGAAGUUCGCGCUCAAGAUGCUGCAGGACUGCCCCAAGGCCCGCAGGGAAGUGGAGCUGCACUGGCGAGCGUCGCAGUGCGCGCACAUCGUGCGCAUCAUGGACGUCUACGAGAACCUCUACCAGGGGAGGAAGUGUCUGCUCAUCGUCAUGGAGUGCUUGGACGGCGGGGAGCUCUUCAGCCGCAUUCAGGACAGGGGAGACCAGGCCUUCACAGAACGGGAGGCUUCGGAGAUCAUGAAGAGCAUUGGGGAAGCCAUCCAGUACCUGCACUCGAUCAACAUCGCGCACCGGGACGUGAAGCCAGAGAACCUCCUGUACACCUCCAAGCGGCCCAACGCCGUGCUGAAACUCACCGACUUCGGCUUCGCCAAGGAAACCACCACGCACAACUCGCUGGCCACGCCCUGCUACACGCCCUACUACGUGGCCCCAGAAGUGCUGGGCCCAGAGAAGUACGACAAGUCCUGUGACAUGUGGUCCCUGGGUGUCAUCAUGUAUAUUCUGCUGUGCGGGUACCCCCCCUUCUACUCCAACCACGGGCUGGCCAUCUCCCCUGGCAUGAAGAAGAGGAUCCGCAUGGGCCAGUACGAGUUUCCCAAUCCCGAGUGGUCCGAGGUGUCAGAGGAAGUGAAGCAGCUGAUCCGAAACCUGCUGAAGACAGACCCGACCCAGCGCAUGACAAUAACGGAGUUCAUGAACCACCCCUGGAUCAUGCAAUCCAUGCAGGUGCCCCAGACCCCGCUGCACACCAGCCGUGUGCUGAAGGAGGAGAAGGACCUGUGGGAGGAUGUGAAGGAGGAGAUGACCAGCGCCCUGGCCACCAUGCGCGUGGACUACGAACAAAUCAAGAUCAAGAAAAUCGAGGAUUCCUCGAACCCUCUGCUGAUGAAGAGGAGGAAGAAAGCCAACGCCCCCGAGCCCACCCCGCUGCCCCACUGAGGGCCCUGCCCGCCGGCCCUCCAGAAAGCAAUAACUAUAUAUAUAUAUUUUUUAAGGAAAAAAAAAGACAAAAAGAAACAGACUGUUCUGUCGAGCGCAUGGAA